AUGUUUCCACCACAGCCUUCCUCUAACAACAACAACCACAACAACACUACUCCCCAUCCAACUUCAACAGUGCCGUUGAUUGGUGCUACUCCACAGCACCACCAUCAUAUGAUGAUGACACCAACACCAACAACAACAACAACUAAUCAACAACCUGUAACAUUAUCAGCAUUCACUUCUUCUUCUUCCACUCCGCAAAUGUACAUGUCAACAAUAACACCAACUCCACAAAUACAACAACCUUCGUUCUAUUCACCACUUCCUACAAAUCAGCCAAUUAUUCCUUCUACAAUCGCAAAUCUACCUCCUAUUCCACAACAAUUCUUGGAUCACUAUCGUAUGCUUCAAGAGACUCUCAGUCAAUUAUCGGUAUUUGUGCCACAAUAUAAUAAUCAAACAAACAUUGUUAAUACACUACAACAACAAGUUAAUGGUCAACAACAAGCGCUCAAUAAUUUGACAAAUGAUGUAAAAAAAGAAAAAACUCAAUUGGAAAAGUUACAGAAAUCUAGUUUUACAAACUUGAUUGCCAAGACGUUGGAUAAACAUGGUCAUGAAAAGAAAGUGGAAAAGGAAAAUUCUGAAUACAAGAUUGCACUUGAUAGGGAAAAUCAAGCUAGAGCUCAACUUCAAAACAUUCAAAAUCAAUUAUUGCAAGCUCAAAGUGCUCAAUCGUCCCUUUUACAAAAGGUCCAAUUAUUCGAAUCCAAAAAAAUUGAACUGAACCAAGUAACUGAUCAAAUUAUUGGUGCCGCUCAACUGCCACUUACUCACAUUAUUCCAGUAACCCAUCAAAAUUUAAAUGUUCAACAAUCUAAAAAGAAUCAAAUUAUGCAAUACUUGGCACAAUACCGUAAUGGAUUGAUGAAUUUACAACAAGCAUACUCACUUUUACAAACUUGCUAUGAGAGAUUAUCAGAGGCCAAGAAUUUAGCCACUGCCGAUUUGUUCAUGAGAGGAGGUUAUGCAAACAUGUACGUUGAUUCAAUGAAGUAUGAAAAUCUCAAUCGUGCCAACGAUGACGCCAAGAGAGCUAAAAUGUUCAUUGCUGAGGCUGUGAGAUUGUGUCCACCUCUUUCAACACAACCACUUUUUGUUGCCAAGGUAACACAAGGUGAUUUUGUUUUUGAUGUGUUUUUUGAUAAUUUCAUUUCCGAUUAUAUUGUUCACGAAAAGAUUAGAAAGAGUAAGGAAGCCAUGGCUGAAUCAAUUCAACACUUGGCAAACACCUUAAAUUGGAUUCAAACCAGUUGUCUUCCUCAAAUUGAAAGAGAUAUGGCCCAAACAGAUCAAAUUGUAUUGUCACUGACUAGUACUUUGGAAAAUGAAAGAAGAAAUGUUGUCAAUAUGGCUCUCGAACAAUCAAAAUCAUUUUCCCAAACACCACAAAAUUUCACUCAAGUUGUUCUACCACCUCCUCAAAAUCCUUCCACUACCACUUCAUCAUCAGCACAAUAUUUUGAUCCUAAUGUUGUUCAAUAUUCAUCUGCUCCACCUUUGGAUCAAUAAAUAAUUUCAAUUUCAAUACUC